CUUUCACUACAAUUCCCAUUUGCCAUAUAUAAUAAGAUAAGUAUGAGAGGUAGAAAGAGAAAGAGAAAGAGAGAAAAAAAGAGAGAGUGGUGAGUGAAAGACAAGAAGAGAUAGAUAGAUGAUGUUCCCUUCCAGUGCUAGUCUUAUGCUGAACCAAAGGUUGGUGGAGCUUGAUCAAAGGAACAUGCCAACUUCUCCAAUGCCUUUCAUCUCUCAUCAACCUUCACCAUCAUCACCACCUCCUCCCCUCCUCCUCCUCCUCCUCCUCCUCUUCUUCAUCAUCACUUGACCCUCCUUCCUCCUUAUCUCCUUCAAUCUCCUCUUCCUCCUCCUCCUCCUCCUCCUUCUCAUCAUCUCAGGGAAUCCCUUCCCAUGACUUCCACUUCUAGUUAUCUUCCUUUGAAUCCAAGACAUGAUCCUUGUCCUCCUCUUUCAAGCAAUAAUAUUCCCAGGACAUGGGGAGAGGAAGGGGGGAUGAGUGGGAAGAGAACAACCACAACAGCAACAGCAACAGCAACAGCAACAACAACAUUAAGUGUGGAAAGGCAGCAGAAUCAGAAGAUGAUAAAUAGUAGUGGUGGGAAUGGAUUGUCAGUGGCUUCCUUAAGGAUGAAGAAGGUGAAGGCAAGGAGAAAGGUGAGAGAACCAAGGUUUUGCUUCAAAACUAUGAGUGAGAUUGAUGUCCUUGAUGAUGGCUAUAAAUGGAGAAAAUAUGGCCAAAAAGUUGUCAAAAACACCCAACAUCCAAGGAGUUACUACAGAUGUACACAGGAUAACUGCAGGGUUAAGAAGAGAGUAGAGAGGUUGGCAGAGGACCCACGCAUGGUCAUAACAACUUAUGAAGGGAGACAUGCACAUUCCCCAUCACAUGAUGAAGAUCAUGACUCACAUACUCCAUCAUCUCAUCACCACCCAAGCUUCUUAUGGUAGUCAUAAUAUAUAUAUAUAUAUAUAUAUAGAUCUUCAAUUAGUUGUUUACUACUACUUAACUAUAUAUUUCUUUGUUUGAAUUCUUCUUUUUCUUGUUUCUUUUUAUUGGGUUUGUAAACUUUAAUUACAUCUGUGUGAUCACUUCAUGGAUCUAGACUACUUCAUAUAUGUGUGUGUCAUUUGUAUGUAUGUAAUAUAUACUUUCAUUUUGGGUUUAAACUUUAAUUAAAGAGAGUAAUUAAGAUGCAUUAA